AUGUUGUCCAAACUAAACACAGAAGCGUUUGUUGACCAGAGGAAGCAGCUAAUCGCGACCGACACAGCAACACUCCUGGAGCUUGAUUCCACCAUACAAGUCUUGAACGAGAGACAUAACCCUAGGAGCGCCGUCCGCCAGAUUGAUGCCCGACUAGAGCCCUUCAUAUUGUUCAUUGAAAGGUACGCGAAAUCUGUUGAUAUUUUGUCACAGGGUGUGCCAGUGGCGGCCAUCAUCUGGGGUUCACUGCGUGUUCUGCUGGAGAUGGCAUCUUCAGCAUCUCGCUACUUUCAGAAAGGUAUCGAUAUGCUAGAAAGACUAGGCUCACAGGUUUGCCUAUACGCGCGAUACGAGGAUCUAUUUGAAGUAGACGAUCACUUCGCCACUGCGUUAGCUUCUACAUACUCAGAUAUCAUUGACGUGCUUAGAAAGGCGCGCCAGCAGUCCACUCUCCGUUCGCACAAACCUGAGCUUGCAGUGGUGCAUCCAUCGAAGCAAAUGAAAGCCAGCAUAUUAGACUGGAUAGCUCCGCAUGACGUAUCCGCAGAUCUUGUGACGCAUAGCGGGAAGAAAAUGGAAGGUACUGGCACCUGGAUCCUUGACGAUACCAAGUUCCGCGAAUGGAGAGACUGUAGCGAAAGUUCCUUGUUGUGGAUCUCGGGCACGUCUGGAACUGGAAAAACGGUGUUGGCUGCACACGUAGUGCAACAUCUCACUGAUUUUGACACCAGCAAGCAAUACCUUAGCAGCCGCAAUAAUUGCCCAGAUUGUAUACCAAAGUCAAACAAUAAAUCCGACCCUGAUGGUUUGGAUGAGUGCGACGGCGUCACUGAUGUUGCAAUUGCAAUCAAGGGUUUACUUGCCAGUGCGGCCACCGUACACGUAAUUGUCUUCAGCAGGGAUGUACCGCAGAUUAGACUGAAUUUUGGAUUUGGGCCCAUCAUUGCGCUUGAUGGUACCAGAACCCGUCAAGACAUCGAUCGCUUUUCUCGGCAGUCGGUGGCGAGGCUAAUGCUAAACGACAUUGCAUUUGAAGAAAAUGUCGCGAAUACCUUGGCGCAAAGAGCGGACGGAAUGUUCCUUUGGGCUGCUCGUGCUACGGAAAGUCUGAAAGGGGCUACAAAUCCAGGUGAGGUAUCAGGGAUCCUUAGCGGAUUACCAGCCGGUAUCGACGCAUAUUACGAAAAGUGUUUAUGGACACUGGCACAUGAUCACCCCUACAAGCGGAAGCUUGCGGAAACUGUCCUUCAACGGAUCUGCUGUAUAGCUCGGCCAUUGACUUGGGUCGAGCUGGAAUGCUUGCUGAGUUUCAACCAAGAGACUGUCGAGCAGGACCGGCUUCAAACACCGUUUCAAAACGUCGUGCUCGAAAUAUGCGCCCCAUUCAUAAAGAUCGACAACGCUACCAGAAUUAUACAGCUGCAACAUCAUUCCGCACGGGAAUUCUUGCUUCAGCAAACUUCGAAUCUGGAGAUACGUGGCUUUCAUGUCGACGAAGCGGAGAUCCAUCAUGGCCUCGCCGAAAUCUGUCUGCGGCAACUGAUUGCACAACCAUCUGGAUCGCAUCUCAUACAAUAUGCGACAUUGUUCUGGCUGGACCAUCUACUACAAGCUUCUUGCGACGAAAGUCUCCAAGCACUGAUUCUGACUUUUGUGACUGCUCCGGCAGUUCUAGAGAAGUGGCUCCUCGAUCGUAUGAGAUGGGACAGUCAGCGCGGUUUCUCGAUGAGCAAGAUUCUAGGAUCUCAAUCGGUGUUGAACUCCUGGAUGCAGUCUUCUCCUAAUGCACAUGCAAGCCAAUAUAUUUACUGGACUGGGCCGUUGGUGCGCGCAUUACUCAGAAUCGACCGGUUGCAGACGCAAGGAAGAGUCGGACAUCAAGAACUCUGGCUAAGCCAUCUCGAGAAGCUGAUGAUAAUGCGAGAUGUGGCCAGAGUCCUUACCCAGAACAACAUGUUGGAUCAAGGCAUCGCAUGGUUCGAGGCUGCACUAGACCAAAGGCGACAUAAGUGUACUCAGUUAGACAAUUGCUGGAUCAUGAGUGCACUUGGCAUUCUCUACGACCAGAAGAACGACUUCCAACGAUCGCUAGACCUACAUUCCCAUGUUUUGAACAUACAAGAAACACAACUAGGUGGGCAAAGUCUCGAGACACUCUGGACAGUCAACGAGAUGGGCCGCGUACAUCGCCAUCUACAUGACUACGAGAAUGCUGAGAAGCAGCAUCAAAAGGCGCUGAGAUCGCUUCACCAGAUACUUCCUAACGACCAUCUGGAGAUUAUCUGGACGCUCAACACACUCGCACACGCUUAUCGAAAGAACGGCAAGCUGACCGAGGCGCUCUCUUUGCACCAACAAGCACUCAGUGGACAAGAAAGGGCGCUUGGAGUCGUGCAUCUCCAUCCUCUCUGGACGAAAGGCGACAUUGGCAAAUGGUACCUCGGCCUUGGAAAUCUGGACAAAGCGGAAGAGUUCUUUCGUGCUUGCCUGAAAGGACGGACGACACUGCUAGGUAUGGGCCAUGUGGAUUCUUUGUGGACUAUGGCGAAGCUUGGGCAAGUCUUGGCUGCUCGAAACCAUCGCGAGGAAGCUUUCGGUCUGCUUCAAAGGGCUUUUGAGGGACAGACAUCGAAGCUGGGUAGCAAACAUGCACAGACCUUGAAGACAGCUAUUGUCUUGCGUGGCUUGGAGACUACCAGACCAACCUUGUUCGGGGUAACGGUUGUUGCAUGUCCAUUAAGGAAAUGA